UCUUCUUCUUCUUGCUUCCCUAGCUAUCUUUUUGCUUUCUCUGCUCUCUCAUCUCUGUCGCGCGUGACUAUGGAAGCUGCAAUGGUGUUAGAAGUUCUCUAUACUUUUCCUGUGGAGGGAAUACUGAACAAGCUGGCUUCACUUGCUGCUCAAGAAAUCAGUCUUUUCCGGGGAUUCAAAAAGGAACUAGCAAAGCUUCGUCAAUCGUUACUCGCGAUUCAAGAUUUCUUAGGCGAUGUGGCCCACCAGCCACAGCAACGGGGCAAGGCAGUGGAGAAGUGGGUGAGGAAACUGAAGGACAUAGCUGAUGAUGCUGACAAUGUCUUGGAUGAAAUCAACUACGAAGAUCUCCGCAGGCAAGUAGAACAGCCAAGCCAAAAGAGGACAAAGGUAUGCAAAUCCCUUUCAAACUCCUGGUUUCGUCGAAACAUGGCACAUAAAAUCAAGAAGAUCAAUGCAUCUUUGUUGGAUCUCAAAUCUGAGGCAUCUUUCGUUGGACUAGUUUCCAAGAAAAUAGAUGCAACCCCACAAGAAAUUGUAGGGGCCAGAGAAACCGACUCAAUCUUUGAGGAAGAUGAAAUCUUCGUUGGAAGGGAUGAAGUUCUGUCAAAUAUAAUUACAACCUUGACCAACUCCAACUUGGAUCAAGAAAAUCUUUCAGUAAUGCCCAUUGUAGGAAUGGCAGGCCUAGGGAAGACAACUGUGGCUAGGUCACUAUUCAAUGAAGAUUCAAUUGGUGGACAUUUUGAGAAGAAAAUAUGGGUGUGUGUAUCUAAUACUUUCGAGGUCAAGUCGAUUUUAAGCUCGAUAUUAGAAUCUCUUAACCCAACGAAGGCUGGGAUACAAAGCCAAGAUGCAUUGCUUAAAAACCUCAUAGAAGAAUUAAAAGAAAAGAGAUAUUUUCUCGUUCUCGACGACGUGUGGAACGAAGAUCCUCAAAAAUGGAGCGAUUUGGUGACUUGUUUAUCAAAACUUCAGAGUGCUCGGGGAAGUGUCGUUAUUGUCACUACACGCAGUGCCACUGUUGCAUCAAUCACGGAAGUAAUACUUCAAAGGUGUGUUUUGGGAAGUCUAUCCAUUGAUGAUUGUUGGGCCAUACUGAAGAAAAGAGCAUUUCCAUAUGGUAGUGCUCCUAUCGCAAAUGAUCAAGAAACAAUUGGAAGGGAGAUUGCCAAAAAUUGUGCAGGUGUACCGUUAGUGGCAAAGGUUUUGGGAAGCAUGAUGCGUUCUAUCGAUGACUGGUUGGAAAUUCAAAAAAGUAAGAUAUGGGAAUUACCAGAAGGAGAUGAAAGAAUUAUGUCGGUUUUGAAGUUGAGUUUUGAUCAUUUGAAAUCACCUUUUUUGAAACAGUGUUUUGCAUAUUGCUUAAAGUUCAAGAAAGAUUUUAAAAUAGAAAGGGAAGACUUGAUCCAGCUCUGGAUGGCUCAAGGAUUUCUGUGUUCUUCUCCUAACAAAGAUAUGGAGGAUAUAGGUGAUGAAUAUUUUAUGAUUCUGUUGCAAAACUCCCUCUUUCAAGAUGUUAUAAGGGAUCACUUUGGUAUUAUUACCCAUUGCAAGAUGCACGAUCUUGUACACGAUCUUGCUAAGCUUGUAUCAAGAUCUGAAAUGGAAGAUAAACUUGAGAAUCAACACGUGGCAUGGGAUCCUUCCAACAGUUCCGAAAGAAAUCUUGAGAAACGGCGGUCACUGUUUGUGUAUGGUGAUCAAGACCUUAGUAAUAAUACAUUACUUAUAAGCUUUAAGGCUUUGCGUGUUUUAAAUUUGUACUGGUCUAAUAUUGAGGAGCUGCCAAGUUCAAUUGGCGUCUUGAUACAUUUGAGGCAUUUGAACGUUUCUGGAACAAAAAUAAAAAAACUCCCUAAGUCUAUUGGCAAGCUUUAUAACCUACAGACGUUUAGAAUGAAGCAUACAUGGCAUGCUGUUACAUUUCCAAAGGAAAUGGAAAAUUUGAUCAACUUGAGGCAUGCUUAUUUCGAUUAUGAUACGCCAGUUCCAUUUGGGAUGGAACGAUUGGAACAUUUGCAAACAAUAUCUCCUUCGUUUACUUUGGACAAGGAAAGUAAUCGUGGAAUUGACGAGCUGGGUGGCUUAAACCAAUUAAAAGGUGAACUAAUUAUUAGAGGUUUGGAAUAUGUGAGGGACAGAGGCCAAGCAGGGGCAUCAAAUUUAGUUGGGAAAGCAAAUCUACGAAGGUUGACAUUAGAAUGGUCUUCUUCUUACAGGGGCAGAAACGAGGCGGCCUCUGACAUUGAUGUACUAGAAGGCCUCCGACCCAACUCUGAGUUAGAAGUCUUAAAGAUUGGCGGAUUCAUGGGUUCUAAAUUAGCAUCAUGGAUGAUGAGUGGUUCGUUGCCACUUAAAUUGACAGAGAUUCGGUUAUGGAAUUGCGGAGAAUGCGAACAAGUCCCAUCACUUGGCCAUUUACCAAAUCUUAGGCUUGUUGAGUUUAGUGAUAUGUCAGAGCUUAAAUGUGUGGGAGUUGAGUUUUAUGGUUAUAACCAUGUUAACGGUGCGGCUACGAGUACGAAGAAGACAGAGACUUUGUUUCCAGCAUUGAAAACCUUAACUAUUGAUUCUUGCCCAGCUCUAAUUAAAUGGGAGAAACUGCCAACAGAUGAGAAAGUAGCGGUGUUUCCCUGCCUUGAGGAGUUAACUAUAAGGAAUUGCGAUAGUCUCGAGUUCAUUCCAAUUACCCUGGGCAAGGGCAUGCCAUGUCUCCGCAAAUUGCAGAUUAAGGAUUGUGAGAAAUUAUCAAGGUUGCCGACUAGCUUAGAAUAUUGCAUCUCUCUUCAGGAGUUGGAUAUUCAGGGUUGUCAUGGAUUGACAAGUCUACCGAGUCGGCUACCAUCCUGCACAUCUCUUAAGAAGUUGAGAAUCGGGUCAUGCCACAAUUUGAUAUCUCUGCCAGAUCUCGAUGUAUCCAGGUUGCAGUCUCUUUCCUCUUUACAUAUAUUUAAUUGUCGGAAAUUAAACUAUUUGCCAAUAGAGGGGCUACGCUCUCUUACGCGUUUAGAAUCUAUGAAAAUGGGUCCGUUUCGGGAGGGGCUCAAUUCUUUCCCUGAUUUUGAGCUUCCAUCACAAAUCCAAAGACUAGUGAUGAAAGGGUGGCCUAAGCUCAAGUCUCUGCCUCAACAAAUUCAACACUCGACUACUUCUCUAACAUCUUUGGAGAUUGAAUCUUUCCAUGGUGUGCAGGCUCUUCCAGAGUGGUUGGGUAACCUUACAUCUCUUACCCACCUGAGUAUCAAGGAGUGUAAGAAUCUCAUGUAUAUGCCUUCUUUACACAGAGUGGUUGGGCUUCGUGAAUUGUUGAUUGAAAAUUGUCAGGCAUUAUCAAGCUGGCCAAGUGGGUUGGAAUAUUGCACCUCUCUUCGUAGGUUGAUUAUAGUUAGGUGCUCCAAUCUAACAUCCAUUCCGCUUUCACAAUCUAACUCUGAUGCUCCCACACUCCCUCUUCUCGAGGACUUGACUGUAAUGUAUUGCUCUAGUCUCGAGUUCAUUCCAAUUACCCUGGGCAAGGGCAAGGGCAAGGGCAUGUCAUGUCUCCGCAAAUUGAAGAUUGUGGAUUGUGAGAAAUUAUCAAGCUUGCCGACCAGGUUAGAAUAUUGCAUCUCUCUUCAGGAGUUGAGAAUGGGUGCGUUUUCGGAGGAGCUCGAUUGUUUCCCUGAUUUUGAGCUUCCAUCACAAAUCCGAAUUCUAAGGAUGAAAGGGUGGACUAAGCUCAAGUCUCUGCCUCAACAACAAAUUCAACACUGCACUUGUCUACAAGUUUUGUAUAUAUACGAUUUCGACAGCGUGGAGGCUCUUCCAGAGUGGUUGGGUAACCUUACAUCUCUUACCUUCCUGAGUAUUCACAACUGUAAGAAUCUGGUGUCUCUUCCUGCCGUUGAAGUUAUGCAACGCCUCACCAAAUUGCAAAAGCUAGUGAUUGCUGCAUGUCCCCGUCUAGGGGGAAGAGGGGGAAGAUCCGCCCUCCAGAGCGGCCCAGAAUGGCACAAGAUUUCUCACAUCCCAGAUAUAUUUGAAGGAUCUUACGCAAUUGGAAGAACAAAUAAUGCGCAUUAGAUGCAAACUUAGUCCAGAGGGGAUGGGGAUGUAUUUGCUAUAGAUCCUUGCAUGAGGUAGGUGAAGGUGUCCAUCAGAUGGAUUUGUGAAGCUGAUCAACGACGAUGUGUCAUGGCAAGCACAAACUGAUAAGGAUGAAAUAUGGUAAUUUGCAGGAAUCAUGAGAUAAUAUUGAUACAGACCAUUAUGUGUUGGCUUCCAGUGGUAGUAAUCUUGUAUGAGCUAGUUCUUUGCUUGUUAUGGCUGAAGAUCACAGGGUAGCCAAAGCUCAAGUCUCUACCUCAACAACAAUUUCAACACUGGACUUGUCUACAAGAUUUGUAUAUGCAGGAUUUCGACAGCGUGGAGGCUCUUCCAGAGUGGUUGGGGUAACCUUACAUCUCUUACCCAUCUGAGGAUUAAGGCAUGUGAGAAUCUGGUGUAUCUUCCUGCCGUUGAGGUUAUGCAACGCCUCACCAAACUUGUUACAUGUCCUGGUCUAGGGGGAAGAUCCACCCUCCUGAGCGGCCCAGAAUGGCACAAGAUUUCUCACGUCCCAUGUAUAUCUGUAUUGACCCACUCCCACUCCGAAGAUGUAACCCAACCUAUUACGAGCAUUCUUUUUCAAGUGGUGAUGAUUCUGAGAGUGGGCCUACUCUUCUUCUCUAAUUGAAUUUGGUACAAUUUGUUGGAUUUCAAUUCCGGAAUAGGUGAUGCGGAAUAGGUGCAAACUUAGUCCAGAUUUUUGGGACAAGCAUCCAUUUGAAGUUUAAAGAGUCCCUAGAAGUUGUUUAUACAAAUUUGAUGAUCUGGAGGAUUUACUCGAGUGAUGAGGGAACCUUGCAGCUGUUGAUGAACUAUCUAUUUGUUUCUGUGAGGAUUUACUCGAGUAAUGAGUAUCUACCGGCAGUUGAAGGCUCCGAAAAUGUCCCCAAAACAAAAAGAUGCACCGAGAAGAGCCGCCCAAGUCAAGUGGCAAAGAUUUUCUCAUAUUUCCAAGAUUCAAGUGCAAGGAGAUACUGCAAUCAAUACUCAUAUGCUGUCUAACCUUUUGUGUACAACGUGUGGUUCCUUAUGCAGGUUUCUGCUAUAUAAAUGGUCAUGGACUCUUGCAUAUCACAGAGAACAAAGGCCUCUGUUCCUAGUCUUAUUUGAUAGCAUGUCAUUUACCUAUGCUAUUGCAAGACUCAGAGUCAAGAUAGAAAGAGAAACUCAUGCAUGCGAAUCGCGAUGUGCCUGUGGUCUAGACCUUAUUGUUUUGGACAAAAUAUUUAAUGAGGGAAAGUGCUUUAAAUCGACUUCUAGAAGUGCAGCUUAAUUAAGAGAAGCACUCCUUGUAGAGAAUACUUUUCCUGGGUAGUCAUGCUCUGCGUCCUGUCUCUUCGAAGAAAGAUAGUUGAAUUGCUUUUAUGAGAGACCUUUUGAUGUACUUACUACUUGGGGUUCUAUUUCUAUAGGGAAUAAUGGGAUGAGAGAAGCGAGAUAAAUUUAGUUUGAUGGUGAGAACC